AUGGAAGUAAUUAAAACUUUUAUGUGGCAUAUUGCAUGCCGUUAGAAAGAAGAUAGACCAAAGAACUUUUAAAAAAAUUGGAAGAUCAUAAUCAAAGGUAGUUUUUUUUUUAUUGCAAUCGAAAGUUGAAAGUUUAAAUAAAAAUUUAUUUCUUUCAAAAACAUUUUAAUUCACAAAAAAAAGUUGUGAUGGUACUACUGCGUUAUUUUCAUUCCAGGAGAUCCGCAUUACAUUGAACAUUAAAUCAAAACCAAAAAAUGGUGGCAAUAACAAUUACUUUUUUUUUAGUUUGAAGUUAAGUGCUCAAUUUCGGAUUUUUUCAAGAAAAGAACUAAAAUUUAUCCAUAAAUUAUUCCGUGAGGUGUGGAUUUUUUUUUUUAAGCUGAGAAGGUAGCUUCUGACUGCUUCUAUCCGGAAUUUUCUUUUGGCAAACGAUGCGCCAAACACCCUGUAUUUAGCGUUAACAUCUGAUAUUUGGACAUCAGACAGUAACAAAAGUUUUAUAAGUCUGACUGCAUAUUACAUAUAUUAAUAUAAGUUGAAAUCUGUAGCUAUUUCAACUUCAGAAAUACAAAUACACCACACGGCUUUGAAUUUUGCAUUGGCUGUCCAGGGGUAAUGGACCAGUAGCAAAUAAGCGCAAAAGUAGAAACUUUUUUCAUAGAUAAUACUGCAGCUAUGAAAUAAGCUGUAAGUGAAUGUUUGACUAAGCGAAAUCAUUUUUGUGUUGCUCAUACACUUUAAUCUCGCGGUUUAAUCUCGCCAGCUUAGCACGAUGGUAUUAUAAUGCAGCUAUGUAAGCACGAUGCAUUAAGGAGUGACAAAGUUGGUGAUGUAAGCCUUUUUAUUAUUAGUUAAAGAAAAUACCUAGACUUUUGGAAAUUAUAGUAAAUUUAACUAUAAUUUUACCUAAAAGUUUCUAAAACACAUGGCACACCGAAAGUAAACUUGUUGUUCGUUAUUUACAAGGUCCCCUUGUGAUUAAAAUUCCAAACUCUCCGGCUUAGUCUUCCAGGUAGGUUUUGGCGCCUGAAAAAAUUUGUUUCUUAUAUUUAUUUAAUUUGUUAGUGACCUCUUAACAAAAUUUCUUUGAAACUUACUACAAUUUUAAGCCACUUUAUUUUUUUAUACAUUACAAACUCUCCCAAUAGUUUAGAAAUAAAUGAUAUAGAAAAUGAAAGAAUUGAAACAGAUAAAAAUAUCAUUUGUCUAUUCCAUAUUAUUUUAACUAUUGAUGCGAAGCUAAGGGAAUAAACUGCUAAUAAUUCAAAAAAAGCAUUCACCCACUUGUCCAUCCAGUUAACUUGAGCUACGUAAUUCGAGUUCAACUCGAGUUAUGUGGAUUUUAACUCGGGUUAAAUUGAGUUUUGUUCUUUCCGAGAUGGCACAUCACUAGGAUGAGUGCCGCUGGUCCGGGGAAAAUGUUUCUGUGAAGGCUAACGGGCAGUUAUAUCGGGAACUUCUACAGAAGACUUUAACUCCCACCCGCAAUCGGAAAUUCCAGAACUAAUGUUUCUACAUGACAAUUGCGCAAUCCACACCACUCGCGUGGUUCAAAACUGGCUAGAGGCACAGUCAGACAUUCGAAUCGUGCGAUAAUAUGUGGGUAGUAAUGGUCCAAAGGUGGGACAAUAUAAACAAGAGGACGAAGGAGGCACUCAUCACUCAUUGUGAAACAGUUCGGGAGUCGCUACGAGCUUCUGACCUUUGUCAAAAUUUGGUACUCUCAAUGCGAUCGAGACUGGACGCAGUAAUAAAUGCCAAUGGUGCCGCGUUAAAAUAUUAAAUUCAAUUUAAAUUAUUUGAGCUGUCCUAGACCUUUCUUUUGCCCUAGACAUAUAUCGAGUUUCUUAAAUACUUGUACUUUUGCUACUAGUGACGGUAUUUUCAUCAAUGUUCACACAAACAAACAGUUGAAAGAAAUACUUUUUACUGUAAAUUUUCGAGAAUUAUAAUUAAUUUGUCAUUAAAAUAUCUGGUGUAAUAUUUUAUUAUCUAUAUAGUAGAUUGAUAAAAUAAUAUAGUAGAUUAAUCUAAUUUCAGAAAGAAUGUUUUACCUUAAAGUAGCGUGUAACGUUGCAAAAUAUUGCAGUUACAAAAUAUCGAUUAGUAUCAAUAAAAGAUUAUUGAUAGGCCAAAUGGCAGGUUCCAGUGCCAUUAAAUUGAGUCCUUGAUAGAGGACGCAGAAUGACGUCGAGGUUGCUUUUUGAAGGAACGAAUCUAAAGAAAUAGAUCGUCUUUUCUUUUUUUUUUUCAAAUUUCAAAUAAGGAACAGGAAAUGUAUAUCUGGAUGAAUCCUGAUAUUUAGAAUAAUAACAUGGUAAAUAGAUUAUUCCAUUCUAGGAAUCCUCAUGCGAUGGUCAAGUAAUUACUUGUAUUCUCGCAAUCACAUUUUCCUUAUGAUCUUACAGGUCGGCGGGAUGGGUUGGCGGAGAAGAUUUUAUUUGUUUAACAUCUUUAAAUAAAAUAGCCGAUGCUAUUUUGUUGGCACUCCGCCGUAAGUACAAUUUUAAAAUAAAACGAUUUGUAAGUUUUGUAGUUAUGAGAAACAUAUGGUAAUCCAUGACAUUUUGUUUCAGAUGGGAAUUUAUUAGAAUUCACAGAGAUUUAAGUUUUUAUUUUAUAUUCAUAAUGAAUAUAUAAAAUGAUGAAUGGAAAUAUCAUGUGGCAGAGUACAAGAAGAUAAUAUUUCCAGCUUUUACAUUUCAUUUUAUAGAUGGUAGAUCUAUAAAAAGACGUUUCAAAUUUAUAUACAACGUGUCCCAAAAUUCAACGAUAAGCGGGCGCCAAGAGGUAGACCUGCUCAUGUGUACUUAUGGAAAAUUAAGAAAAAAAUUAUAUCUUAUUAAUCUUUUUUAUUAUAAAAUAAAAUUCGAAAAUUUUCGAAAGAGUUGUAGCGAAUAGUAGUGCUACUUAGGUAUCCGAUACCAAAAAAAGAUUCAACAUAAUUGAGAAGUUGUGGUCGUGGUAGUUGAAAAUAUCAUAAAAGGUGUAAAUUUUCGAAGAUUUUCGAAUUUAAUUUUAUAAUAAAAAAGAUAAGAUAUAAUUUUUUUCUUAUUUUUCCAUAAGUACACAUGAGCAAGGGCACCUCUUGGCGCCCGCUUAUCGUUGAAUUUUGGGACACGUUGUAUACUUAUAACGGCGAGGUGGAUUCCAUGUUCACCUUAGAGAAGCAUGUGAAGAGGACGUAGCCGUUGGGUCAAGUUACAAGCAAUUGUUGAGUUUAUAUCCCUGCCUUAAUGAGAAGACAAGGUUAGUGAAACAAGUCUUUUAUUUUUGUGCUGGUUGGCAGACGCUCGCACAUAUUUGUGUUUGUUCAUGUUUCCCUCCAGGUCACUGUCAUCUAACGGCAGGGGCCAAGGUUGUUUUUUUUAUUAUUAUUGUAGAACUUUGGUUAAAUUCGAUCAACAUCGCGAACCAACAGAAAGCGACCCUCUUUUCAGACUUAGGUCAUUUAUUAUUUUUUUACAUCUCAAAUGAUGUCCAAGACAUGUGUUAAUGUUAACAUAGGUACUUAAAUUAUGAAUACUAUUAAUUAUAAUAAAUCAAUAUACCUGUACUAAAGAAUUAGUUAAUUAAUAAAUUGGACAUUGAGACAAAACUCUGUGUUUAUUAUAUCACAAAUUUACUAUUUUACCCUUUUAUUUUGUAUAGGAAAAUAACACCCUUACAAGCGGUUAAUCUUUCGUGACGGGAUAUACUCUCACGCAUAUCCGUGUUUGGUCGUUGAAUGAGAGGCGUAACCAAACAUAACAACUCACUAUAGGCAUAUUCGUCUAUCCGUCGAUAAUUCCGCCAAUCGUUUUUCGUGAAUUUUUCUAUUCAACAGAUAUUUUUUGUCCACUUUGAUCGUUUACGUUUAGACUUUUGCAUUUUAAUUUUUUACUAGCAAACACUUGCAAAAUAAUAGCAGAAGAAGUACUUCUUCAUUGGGAAACAAUGUUUCCACGCCGCCGAUGUUGACAAGAAUGUGGCUUGCGCGUACUUAACUGUGCUGUGUGGCAGACACGUCCGUGUUCAGUCUUUUCAUGCGAGAAGCAUGCGCAAGCAAAACUGUAGUCAAGCAUGAACGUGUGGUAGGCGCUUAAGAAGGGCUUUCAAAUCGAUACACGACACCACGGACUAGAUAGUGAUGCAUGCAUGUUUGCAAACGCUGCAUUUGGUCGCUUUCAAGUUGACCACGCUAUAAGUGCAUUACAUCGAUCAGUCGCAAGUCAUGAGGAAAUAAAAGUCAACAUUCUGUCUUACGAUCAUAAGUAUACUAAAUCCAUAGUUAGGAAUAUUUAUAAGUAUCGCAGUCGGAGUUUUCUGGUUCAAGAUAAGUCUCCUGGUCUUCCAUGGACUGAGAGAGGAUACAAGACUAAAGUAUGUGUGCUCAAGAAUAAAAAAGCACGCAAUGAGAUACUUGCACCUUGGGACGCGAUAGGAAGAGGACGAGACACAGGACUACCAGACACAGCAGCAUUCUUUAGAGUUCAAGAUGUUACGCUUGAUAAUAACAAGAUUCGUGGAGAAUGGGGUGUGCCAUUAGAUGUGAUAUCAAAGGAGGCGUGCUUCUUUCUACCAUCAAGUUUAUUAAAGAUUACUACUGCACCGAAAGCUUAUAGACUUGAGAUGGUUACAGGGGAUAUGGCUUAUAUCGAUGAUAUGAUUCGUUAUCAUAAAGGGAAACCAAUGAUUGGACUGACUUUAGUCGAUUCGAUAAAACAGUACCACUAUGGCUUAUAAGAGAUACAUUUUAUAUGGUGUUCGACUCAAUGGACUUAGAGCAUGUGACAGGUAGUAAUGAUGCAGGAAUGUAAACCCGGAUAGGACUUGAAGGCUUAUAGACCGCUUGAUCAGGUAUUUUAUAAAUACACCAGUAUCGUUUGCUGUCUGUGAACGUUAUUAAGUCAGGUGGAGUACCUACAGGAUCAGUGUUUACCAACAUCAUUGACACCAUAGUUACCAUAUAUUUAUAACUAGAUACUGUGUUUAUGAGACGACAGCACACUUACCACUCGGUGAGAUGUACCUAGGAGACGAUUCGUUUGUGAUAUGUGACGGGAAGAUUAAUCUUGAUGAUUUGAGUGCUUUAGCUUUUAAGAGUUUGGUGUGAUGAUUCAUCCAGAUAAGAGUUAACGGAUUACAUUUUGUUAAGGAACCCCAGUAAUGGUAAAACACGGAGUAUUUUUUUGGGACCUUGCUUAGUAUUAGAGAACUUAGGAGCACAUGUUAAGAUAC